CAACAGUGAAAAAAAAAAAGGUAGCUAACAAUCCAAAACCAAACAUAAGUUACUGCAUAUAGUUUCGAAAACAUCUAUCUAUUACAUGUCAGGUACAUGUUAUUCUCAUGCUCUGUUUCUACUUAUUACAUAUAAUUGCCUACUUCCAUGAGUUCUAACUAUUGCAGUCAGUAUUUUAACACAUUUUUAUUUUCAUCUAACUAAAAUCAGUAGCCAAUGAAAGUAGAAAUUUUUUUAUUUUGUCAAAAGAUAAUGAAAGCUUAACAAUCAUCAAGUAAAUUCUUACAAAAACAAUUUGUUGAUAAUCCAUUAGUACAUAAAAUAAAGAUGAAAACAGAAUAAGAACAAAGAUUAUUCCCUCACAGAAAAGACAAAUCAACAGAACAAAGACAAAAGAGAAAAGAAAGAAUCUUAAGGUUAGGUUUAACAUUUGAUACCAUAAUGAGUCAUGACUUUGCUGCAUCUCCUUUAAAACCAUCUUAGUCUCUUUCUCGUACACAUACGCAAACGAGAAUGAUAGAUACACAAUACUUCGGUGCAACCAUCCUUCUAUCCCUUGGAAUCAUAGGUUUCUUCUGGUUCGUCAACAAAUAGUACUCCAUAUUGUACUCCAUUGUCGAUGACUUAUUGUAGAAAAGCCCAAAAGAAGUUGUUUUAACAGGGACAGCAAGCAACUUACACUUUAAAGUUGUUUAUAACCAACAGAACAUAAAUAACCAUGAAAACAGAAUCAAAACAGAGAUUAUACCUUCACAUAAAAGACAGAAACAGGAAAAAAAGAGUCAAAAUAAGAGAGAAAACAACUAGCCAACAGUUCAAACAAAUAAAUGUAAGUCACUGCAUAUAGUUUUCAAACAUUUAUAUAUUAUACAUGUCAUCUACAUGUUAUUCUCAUGCUCUUUUUCUACAUGGACUAGUUGUUCUCUGUUUUCAUAAGUGAAGCUUAUGAAAUCCGUACCUACUUUCCAUGAGUUUAACUUUUGCAAUAAGUAAUUACUUAUCUAAGAUACUAACCCAACUAUAAUUAAUAGAAAAUGAAAACAUUUUUAUUUUAAUCUAACUACAAUCAAUAGUCAAUGAAAUUAAAGUAGAAACAUUUUUAUUUUAUCAACAGAUAAUGAAAGUUUAACUACCAUCAAGUAAAUUCUUUAAAAAACAAAUUUUGUACAUAAUCCAAUAGUACAUGAAAACAGAAUAAAAACAAAGAUUAUACCCUCACAAAAGAGACAAAUACACAACAAAGACAAAAGAGGAUAUAAAGAAUCUUAAGGUUGGCUUUAACAUUGGAUACCUUAAUGAGUCAUGACUUUGCACAUAUCCUAUAAAACCAUCUCAAUACCAUUCUCAUACACUUACACAAACUAGAAUGAUGGAUACACAAUACUUCAUUGUAACAAUCCUUCUGUGCCUUGGAAUCAUACUCUUGAUCCAAUCCAUAAACACCUAUAGAUUCCGCAAUAAACUACCUCUUCCACCAAGUCCAACAGCUUUACCAAUCAUCGGUCACAUUCACCUUCUUGGUCCCAUAGCUCACCAAGCACUUCACAAGCUCUCAACCCACUACGGACCCUUGAUGUAUCUCUUCAUUGGCUCCAUCCCUAAUGUCAUUGUCUCAUCAACCGAGAUGGCAAAUGAAAUUCUCAAAUCCAAUGAGCUCAACUUCUUGAACCGUCCAACAAUGCAAAAUGUUGACUACCUUACUUAUGGCUCAGCUGAUUUCUUCUCAGCGCCUUAUGGGCUUCACUGGAAGUUCAUGAAGAGGAUUUGUAUGAUGGAGCUAUUCAGCAGCAGAGCAAUAGAUAGAUUUGCCAAUGUAAGAACCGAGGAGUUGAGGAAGCUUUUGGUGCGUGUUAUGAAGAAAUCAGAAAUAGAAGAGAGUGUUGAUCUCGGUGAACAGCUUAAGGAGUUGACAAGCAGCAUCAUAACGAGAAUGAUGUUCAGAGAAAGGGGAUCGGAUAGUGGGAGAAGAGAGGAAGUUAUCAAAAUGGUGGUGGAGUUGAAUGAGCUAGCAGGUUUCUUCAAUGUUUCUGAAACGUUUUGGUUCUUGAGGAGACUUGACUUGCAAGGAAUCAAGAAGAGGCUUAAGAACGCUAGAGAAAGAUAUGAUGUGAUCAUAGAGAGGAUAAUGAAAGAGCAUGAGUCUAGGAAUCACAAGGAUGCAGGAGGUGUAAGGAGCAUGCUAGACAUCUUGCUUGACAUAUAUGAAGACAAAAACUCAGAGAUAAAACUGACGAGAGAAAACAUUAAGGGCUUCAUCAUGAACAUUUAUGGAGGUGGAACAGAUACAUCUGCCAUCACAGUAGAAUGGGCUUUAUCAGAGCUAAUAAACAAUCCAGAGAUCAUGAAGAAAGCCCAACAAGAGAUAGAACAAGUGGUGGGAGACAAGAGACUAGUACAAGAAUCUGAUCUUUGCAAUCUCAGUUACAUCCAAGCAGUUGUGAAGGAGACAUUGAGGUUACAUCCUGGAGGACCAAUAUUCGUUAGAGAAUCAAAUGAAGAAUGUGCAGUGGCUGGAUACAGAAUCCCAGCAAAAACAAGAGUGAUAGUUAACGUUUGGGCUAUAGGAAGAGAUCCAAAUCAAUGGGAAGAUCCAUUGGAGUUUAAACCUGAGAGGUUUGAAGGAAGUGAAUGGAAGGUAAUGAGUGAGAAGAUGGUGUCUUUUGGAGCUGGUAGAAGAAGUUGUCCUGGAGAGAAGAUGGUGUUUAGAUUUGUUCCAUUGGUUUUAGCUGCGGUGAUUCAGUGCUUUGAGUUGAAAGUGAAGGGACGUGUGGAGAUGAGUGAAGGGAGUGGAUCAUCUCUGCCUAGAGCCACACCUUUGGUAUGUGUUCCUGUUGCUAGGGAGGGUAUAAAGUCAUUGUUCUCACUUGAACCAAAGGUCAACUUCUAGGUAAUGGUUUAAUAAGGGAACUAAGAGCAGCAAGAAACGUCAAGCUACUUGUAUAUAAAACUUUUACCCAUUUCAAGAAUAAAUUAUGGCAAAUCUCAUAAA